AUGGUCUCUCAGUUCUGUACUCAAAAGCUUCACGAGUUAUCUUCACUUGUUCAGUUUCACGGAAUUAGUAUGCUGGUUUUUUGUAUUUUAAACCUGGUGUUUUCCGUGUUGGCAGUUGUGGAAAAUCUUUUAGUUAUUUACGCGCUGAGGACAUGCUCAUCGAUACCGACCGUUAUGAAAAAGUUUUUCCUGACUCUUGCUUUGUCGGAUCUUGCAGUGGGAACGUUAGGACAACCAAUGUCUGUUGUUUUCAUCACGGUGAUGUUGAAAAUGAAAUCUAACGGAGACGCUUUUGCCCGAUACAUCUGCAUAUUCGAUAUUGCGAAUUCGUGA